AACGGCGGUGUAUUCGCAAAGCAGUGUGCUCUCGCGCUUUAGUCGUUGAGGAUCGACUAGAGAUUGUUGGCGACGGAAAUCAUUCGUGCAUACGUCGCAUACCGAAAUUGUAAAAUUUCCAUAUAGAAAAGACGAAUCAGCUGUGUGAUACACAGUAUAAAUACUAUUUUAUUGUCAGAGGCGCAGGAGUUGCGGCGCACAAUAAGUUGAAAUGGUACUCAGGAACUUUCAGAUACUGUUUGACAAUCCGUGGAAUACUUUCUAUGGGGGACAGACAGUGACUGGACGGGUUCUCGUCGUCAUUGACUCGACGAAGAAGAUUCGCGGUAUAAAUAUAAGGAUAAAAGGCGAGGCGAAUACUGCCUGGACAGAGAGUAAAUCCGAGCUGAACAACGAUGGAAAAUACAACGACGAAAACCAAAUGGUUACCGGCCAUGAACAAUAUUUCAAUAUACAGUACUAUCUCCUUGGUGGAGCUUCAGGUGUUGAGAUUCAGCUACCUCCCGGCGAACACACUUAUCCCUUCAGCUGUGUCCUGCCGCCGAAUUUGCCGAGUAGUUUUGAAUCGGACCUAGGUCACGUUCGGUACACUGUAAAGGCAACCUUGGAUCGACCGUGGAAGUUUGAUCAAGAAGUGAAAACAGCAUUUACGGUCAUAUCGCCGCUCGAUCUUAACCAGGAACGAGGAGCCGCGGAACCUGUCAAUGAGGAAUUAACCAAGACCUUUUGCUGCCUGUGCUGUGGGUCCGCACCUCUGAACGUAAACGUGAUUCUACCAGUUCGAGGCUACGUCCCGGGUCAAGUUAUUCCGAUUAGGGUCAACGUUGAGAAUCUCAGUAAUGUAACAGUCGACACAGUCAAGUUCGUGCUGAGAAAAGUAGUAACUUUCACGGCAAGCUUACCGUCUCAUGCAACGAAGAAGGUGAAGAUCGUAGUUUCGGAAAUCGGAAAAGGACCCGUGGAAGCCAACGCUACCGUACAUUGGGAGGAAAGGCUCACCGUUCCUCCACUUCCGCCAUCAAACCUCGCGAAUUGCGGUAUCAUCAAACUUGAGUAUUGCAUCAAAGUAGAGGCCUGCGUUUCGGGAUGGUACCAUCGCAAUCUGAAGAAAAAUAUCCCGGUAUACGUGGGUACGGUUCCUCUCACGAGUUACCAGCCUCCAAUCGCUCUACCACCUGGUAACGGCCUCAAGCCUGAUGAAUAUUCUGCUAAGCCGGCAGAUCCAACAUACGGCGGAUAUCCGAGCGGCUAUCCAGCCUUUAAUCCAUCUGCUACUGCACCAGCAGCAACUGCACCUGGUUUUAUGGUGCCAGAUCAACCUGGAUUCACGAUGCCAGUAGUACCACCGCCGUUGCCACCAGCGAUGGACAUGUACCCCAAUCUUCCCCCACCAUCAUACGCAGAAUCGCGUUACGGAGCACGUAGUAUUCGUGAGCGUGGCGAAUCUGAACAUGUACUAGGUGCGAGAAAUCAAUUUGCGCCAAGGUAUCCCGUCUACAACUUUGCACAAGAAUAGAAAACUCGAUAUAUUCGAAAACCGAGCGUGAUGUGAAAGUGAAUCUCUACAUAAUAUUCCAAAGCUAGACAUUUGUUCAAUUUCACUGAUAAGCUUUGCGCAUUAAUAGAUGUUACGUUAUCCAG